UAGACAUUAAUAUUUUAAUCCACCUGUUUGCAACAAAUAAUUUAUCAUUUGUUACUGAAUACUUAUAUUCUCUACAAUAAUUUUGAAUUGUGAAUUAUUUUUUUAAUAGUUAAUUGAAUAGAAACUGUUGUAUCAUCAUUAAAAUGUGUCAUAAAUACUUAAACAUUAAGUCAUGAAGUUUACUUUAUAUUUAAAGUUUUAUUAGUCCUAAUAUUUAGUGAAAAUAGUAUACAUUAUUAAGUUUAAGCGUUUAUUGAUGGGUGAGUUUGUAUGUAUAUUGCACUGUCAAUAAUUAUUAAUUGGUUUAGUUCAUGAAGUUUUUAUAGUGAAUCCAAAAUGACUUCUAAUGAGCCAUUACUUGUUCAAGCUGUAUAUUCAUUUAAAGGAAAAAAUAAUGACGAGCUGUGUUUGAAAAAAGGAGAUAUUGUAAUUGUCACUCAAAAAGAAGAUGGUGGCUGGUGGGAAGGAACCCUUAAGGAAAAAACUGGUUGGUUUCCAUCAAAUUAUGUCAGAGAAUAUAAACCACAAGCAGCAGAACAUAUUACAAACAAUAAAGUGCCAAACAUACCGGUAGAUUUAACUGAACAGUUAAGAGCUAACCGAGCUGUAGUUGUCAUGGAUAUUGUAGAAUCUGAAAGAGCACAUGUUACUGAAUUGAAGACACUAAUCCAAAGUUUUUUGAUUCCUUUGAAAAACUCAAAUAUAAUGAAUAUUGAAGAGUAUAAUCAAUUAGUAAAUAAUAUUGAAGAAGUUUCAAAAACUCAUGAAGAGCUUUUAGAAUCAUUAGAACAAGUAUCUGGAUUACCACAGUCCGAUCAAAGAAUUGGUAAACUGUUUCUAAACAAAGCAUCUUUUAUUAGGACUGUGCAUUUACAAUACUGCGCUUCUCAUCCUAGAGCAGUUAAUAUCAUUGAUAAAUAUAAAGAUGAAUUAAAUCAAAUAAUGGAAACACAAGGUGCAGUUAGUCCUGGAAUUUUAGUACUGACUGUGUCAUUAAGCAAACCAUUUAGAAGAUUAGACAAGUAUAGUGGGAUGCUUCAAGAACUGGAAAGACAUCUUGAAGAAAGUCAUGUUGAUAGAGGUGAUACUCAGCGAUCCAUCAGCAUUUAUAAAGAAAUUGCGAGUGUAUGCUUAUCAACAAGGAAACAAAAAGAAUUGGAAUUAUCAAUAUUAAGUGGAGUUGUACAAGGAUGGGAAGGCACUGAUGCAUUAAGUUUAGGCGAUGCAAUUAAAAUUGGUUCUGUUGCAUUUGGCUCAGAGCAUAAAGAUAGAUAUCUUAUGUUAUUUUCUACUCAUCUAGUUAUUUUAUCAGUAUCCCAAAGACUAAGUUCAUUUAUAUACGAAGGUAAACUACCAUUAAGUGGAAUUUGUGUCAAAAAAUUAGAUAAUAAUGGUGCCAUUAAAAAUGCUUUCGAAAUAUCUGGUCCUUUAAUUGAUCACAUUGUCGCCGUUUGCCAGUCCAAAGAAGAGCAAAUUGAUUGGAUACAAAAAAUUAACAAGCAAUUAGGAAAUAAGUGCGUCCCUAAUACUACAUCUAGUAAAUCAAUGGAAAAAGGUAAUAGAUUAGCUUGGGAUGUGACAAGACUUAGACCCAUUCCACCACUUCAAUUUUAUCACAACAUUAAUGAAAAAAAUAUCUGUGUAACUAAAAGAUCUGAAAGAACAUUUGAAGAUGAUGGGAAAGUCUUGAGAGUAUUUGAAGCAUUUUGUUCAAAUACAAAAUCACGACAUGCCAGUUCAGGUGAUCAUUCUUUGUUAUUGUUGUAAAUUAUGAUAUGAAACAACAUUAAUAGUUAAAUAAUACUUAUAUACAAAUUUAUUAUAAUUUCUGUACCAUUAAUGAUUUUAUAAGGCUGUGAAUAAUGUUUUUUGGCAUUAAAUAGUAUUAUAACUGAUACGUUAAAAUAAUACUAAAACUCUUUUUCCUGUUAAGUAAAAUUUUGAAAAUUUAAAAAUUAUUGCUUGGUACUAAUAUUAAUGUACUUUUAUGUAUGAAUCAGUUUGUUUUUAUUUAUUUAUUUAUCAUUAUCAUUAUUAUUAUUAUUAUUAUUAUUAUUAUUAUUAUUAUUAUUAUUAUCCUGUACAAAAUUAUAAUCAAAAAAUGUAUGCUUAAUAUGGAUAAAUAUUAAAUUUAGAAGUAGUUAGAUACAAGUUUACAGUUGCAUGUGUUAUAUUUAAACUAUUGAUGGGAAAAUAUAAAUUUAUUACAGUAUUGUAUUGCAGGAAUUUAAAUUGAAAAUCUGCCAUUGAAUGUUACUUCUCAGACGUUAGGUAAAUUCAAAAGGACUUGAACCCAAUUAGUUAAUAAAAUAAACAUGUUAAUUAUGGUUGAAAUAUACAAGGUUAUUGCAUAAUAUAUAUAAUCAAAUAUUUGAUGAUAAAAACAAAAAUGGCAGCGUAAACGGGUAACAUAUUUAAUUGAUUAAAAUCAAUUUUUAUGCCAGUGUAUUUUUCAUGAUAAUAAAAAUUGAUAUAUUUUGUAAUUUGUGAUAUCCCUUUACGCAGCCAUUUUGUAUCUCAUGAUAAUAAUAAUUCUUGUCGAUAUGCAAUAACCUGUAUAUUUCAAUCAUGAUGUUAAUUAUAAUUUUAUACUAUUUACUAUAUUGUACAUUUUUAUAAAUUGUUUAAAUAAUUAAAUAUAUAUAUAUGUCUGUACUACAAUAAAUUAAUUUAUAAAAUCAUAGUGUUAUAUUUUAAAGAAAAUUAUAAAAAUAACAUUUGUAAUUA